GGGGGCUACACACCUUCAGUUUAGCUGUGCAGUUUAUCACGUGUGACGUCAUGUCUGAGCGAUAAACUGUGUCAACUGCGCAGUUUAGACCGAUUUUCACGCAGAUAAAAAGUCUGCGCAUUCGGACCCUCAUUUGCAAAGAUAACCUGCGCAGUUUAUGCAGUUUAUCGUACAGUUUGUUCAGUUGCCGUCCUGUUUCUGAACCUAUACGAUGACUACGGUCUCAAAAAAGGAUUCGCUUUUGGCAUUUAUCGACGGCUACCGGUCCCUUCCCGAGCUUUGGGAUACCGCAUGCGUAUCUUAUUCCAACCGUGUUAAGAAAGCGGCAGCCUACGAUAUUUUAAUUGAAAAACUGAAACCUCUCGAGCCCAAUGCAACACGUGAUAGUGUAGUGAAGAAAAUAAAUAACCUAAGAUCCGUUUUUCGUAAGGAGUUGAAGAAAGUAAACGAAUCAAAGAAAUCGGGAGCUUCAGCUAAUGAUGUGUAUGUUCCGAGUCUGUGGUAUUUCGGGGAACUGAUGUUUCUGGUGGACCAGGAAACUCCUGAUGACAGUAUUUCAACCAAUGAACUGGGCAAUGACAUCAAUGAAAAAUCGGUUGCCCCAUCCUCUCCAUCAACUUCUUCAGGACCUACACCCACAGUCAAUUCGUUUGCACAACCUAGCAGAAAGAGAAAGUCGGCCCCUUCAUCACUGAUCUCCUUACAAAGGCCACGCGGUAUUUGGAAGCUGAAGACGAUGAGUUUUUGAUAUUGGCAAAGGGAUACGCUGUGAAAUUAAGGAAAUUAACUCAGCAACAGCUAAUGUUUGCUGAUAAAGUAAUCAAUGAAACAUUGCUUGAUGGGCAAAUGGGCCUUUUAACCAGAGGCAGCUAUCUGGUUCAUCCAUCAGGGCCUUUAUCCACUUCAUCACCAUCUCCCAGUUGGAGUUCGAAUUCGUACUCUCAACAUUCUGAACCCCAAACGACGGCAAGGACUCUGUUGGAGGGAUUCUCGUACGAUGACAACGAAUACAAUAAUUUACAAUAACAUUAUAUACAUACGUACAUACCUACUCAAUGUGUAAAUUUUAUUUUGUAUUUCUACAUGUGCGUUUUUAUUUAGUGAGUAUGGUAAUAAACUAUGGCUCCUAUUUUAUGAAUAUUUACUCAGUCACACCUAUGGUCUUAUCAAAUAAUUAAAGUAUGCUAACCUGAAUAAAAUUUUGCAGUGCUUUCCGUAUUGCCACGCAUGUUUCUAUUAUUAUCUCUCCGAGUGCCUGAGGAGAUACUCUCAUUGAAAAUGUCAAAUCUUGAAAACUUCUCCCAGUUGCCAGGAACCAAAGAGUCGCAAUCAGUCUCACAUGCGGUGAUAUUGCUUCUCUCAAGACUGUGUCCUUUUUUCCAAUGAGGGGAACAACUUUGCUCAGUAAAAUUUGAAAUGCAUUUUCGUCCAUCCUUAGGUAAUUUUUAUAAUCGUUAAUUUCCCCUCCUUCUUGUAACUCAUUCAGUAAAUGGUAAUCACUGGGCAAAACGCUUCUUUGCAGAUACCAAUCUUUGCACCAGCGUUCACGACGUUUUUUCCUUUUGCCUUCUUCUUCUAGCAACACUGCAGCAAUUAUGCAACAAACUGCAGCUCUUCUUUUUCUGUCACCCAUUGAACUUUAUUUAUUUUAGAACACAACCAAACCUGUCGAAAGUGAAGAGAGAACUGAAGAAAAAUCGGACUGAACUGAGGCAAAAACUGAAGGUAUCCUACACACCUUCAGUUCAGAUAAAUGUACAGAUUUUCACACAGUUAUUUACGACAGAGAACUGCACAGAUAAACUGAAGGUGUGUA